GGCAAAGGUGGGGGCUAUAUGUACAACGUAGUCCUCGAAGAGCCUCUGGAAUAAGAAUUGGCUUAAAUUGUCUGUCACGCAUAUCCGAUCUUACAAUCAGUACCCGUUGGCCCACUCGGGCCUUUUCUGUAGCUUCCACGCCUCGAAAAAAAAACCCCCCAUAAUGUCCACUCGUGUUACCGGAACGGCCUUCAUCACCGGCAGUGGAUCAGGUAUCGGCCAAAAGACAGCCUACACCCUGGCGCAAAAUGACAUCACCAAUCUCGCUCUGCUGGAUCUCAACACCGCCCAGCUUGAGACUACCCGGGAUGACCUGGUCGCCAGCUUCCCCAACUUAGGGAUUGAGAUUCUCACCGCCGACGUCAAGGAUGAAACCUCCGUCGAAGCCGCCGUGCAAAGAAUAGUCGCCCGCUUCGGCGGAAUCGAUAUCGCUGUCCACGCAGCUGGGAUCGGGGGACAAGCUCCCAACUCGGACGAGGCCAGCUUCGCGAACUGGCAGAACGUGAUUGAUAUCAACCAGACGGGGGUGUGGCUCUGUCAGCGGGCAGUGGUCCGGCAAAUGCGGAAACAAGAGGACCGUGGAGGCAGACUGGGCAGAGGGGCCAUUGUGAACUUGUCGUCUAUCUUCGGCAAUUCCAUCCCGCCGACAGAGAUGGGGCUCAUCCCGUAUACGACCGCCAAACAUGCCGUGGUGGCUAUCACCAAAUACGCCGCAAAAGCUUAUGCCGCAGAAGGUAUCCGCAUAAACGCUAUCUGCCCAAACGUCGUGGAUACCCCUAUGACCCAUGAGGGCAUCGCAGUCGGAUUUUUCGACAAGACAAUAAGUCAAACGCCCAUGGGCCGCUGCGGGACGUUGGAGGAGAUUGCAGACUCGAUCCUGUACCUGGUGUCGCCGAUGAGUAGCUAUGUGGUUGGUGUGGCGCUGGUCGUGGACGGGGGGUGUACCGCGUAGCUCUAUCUACUUGUUAUAUUUAACGAUGGAGUUGUCGGUGUAGUUAGGGGUUGUCUAGGUAAGACCCUGCAGUAUGUUGUUCUGAAUAGAAGCAGAUGCGGAUGUUAGAGUUAGGAUGGUCACAAGGUGUGCUCCUCAAGAUGGCUCUCUGCGACUGACAGCACGCUACAGUACGC